UCUGGUCAAUCGGCGGGCGGGAAUUUGCCUGAUAUGGCCAGUUUCUAUUACGUCGAUGGCCCUGUCGAGAAUCUGGAGAGUCUUGCGGCAGAGCUCAACGAGCAGGAUCUGAUCGAGGCAGCAUAUAUUGCACCGCCCGCAUCUCUACCGCUGCAUGUUCAGUCCAUCCUCCUCCCCCACGCCAUGGACGUUCCUGGUCUAACGCCUGAUUUUACACCGCGUCAAAUCUAUCUCGGGCCGGCGCCAGCAGGAAUUGAUGCGAAGUUUGCGUGGACAAUCCCUGGAGGCAAAGGCGAAGGCAUGAGAAUUAUUGACUGCGAAUGGGGAUGGCGGUUCACGCAUGAAGAUCUGAAGAUGCUCCAAGGUGGAGUUGUCGCUGGCACAAAUUCCACCGACGUUCGCUUUGUUAACCACGGCACGGCCGUAUCUGGAGUUAUCAGUGGAGAUGUUAACAACAUUGGAAUUCUCGGUAUUGCACCAGAUGCCGUCUUCUAUGGCUCGUCCUUCGUUGGGCAAACACCCGCUACCGCCAUCAAAGCGGCCGCUGAUAGGCUCCGGAGAGGGGACGUUAUACUCCUUGAGAUC